AGUAACCAUUAUCUUUGCAGGUGGAGUUCAAGGCAGAACACGAUUCACUUGAAAAGGCUAAGAUCUCAGUGAAGCGGAAACGUGUGGAUUUAGAAGACCUGAAAAACGAAGAUCCAGUGAUAGUGAAGAAGGAGGAGAUAAAGGCAGAAUACAAUUCCCAUGAAAUGGCAGAGAUCUCAGAGAAGAAAAAGGACAUAAAGGUGGAGUUCAAGGCAGAUUUAAAUUUACGUGACAUGACGGAGAUCUCAGUGGACGGGAAGCACCUGAGUUUAGAAGAGCUGAGAAAACACAUAGACGAAGAUCCUACGAUAUGGACGAAAAUAUGUCAUUUGGGCCGGAGGGACACUGACAACAUUAAGGCAAAAUCUAGAGACAAACCAAAGAUACUGGAUUACUUAGAUAAAACUGUGCCUGAAUAUCCAACUCCUGUUGAAUUUCAUGUUUCAAGUGUAGCCCAUGUCACUACCAAAGAACCAUUCAAAGCAAUACUGGAGUCAGAGAAGAUUAAACCCCCUAACACUAGGCCCCCUAACACUGAGUUUUCAUGGUGGACAUUAGCAAUUAAUGAAGAGGAGAUCAAGUCUGCAGAGAAACUCUACUUGGAGAAUGAGAAAAUCGAAAUGACAGAGACAUUCCUGAAGAAGUUUACCACCUCACCAGCUUUCCAGCAUGAUAUAUCCCGCUACGGUAAUUACAGAUUUACAUUUCCCCUGGCUGAGCUGAUGGAACUGUACAAGGAGCAGAACUGUGGAGGAAAGGAACCAGUUCUGAGGGUCUUCAAGACCAUGUUCUACAAACAGGAAAUUGUGUACGCUGUGCUGAUUCACAGUCCUCAAGACAGCAAGCGUUUUGGAGACCUCCCACUUCUUGAAGACAGUAAGUUUGCUCGUUACAAGAAUGGGCAAAUUAUCUGGGAUGCACAAGCCAUUUCUAGUGACCACCAGUUUGAACUUUCAGUAGACACUAAUGAAGCACGAUUAACUGUGAAAUGUCAACGCUACACCACGUAUUACGUGUGGGACAAUGUGUGUCUGGCUUUUCAUUUGCCUUCUCAUAAGGCCCUGAAAGUCCCUAGAAAAAGGCUUAUAGAAGCUCUUGAUGUCUGUGAACUUCAUGAGAAGAAUCUCCAUAGGUGCGAAGAUCCUACAAUGCGAGGAACAAUGUUCGCAGAUGCAAAGAAGUUGGUGGACAGUUGCAAAAAGGAGCUAGAAGACAACAAAGAUAAUGUGAAUGCCUUGAAAUAUGAAUCAGAAGAGGAGUAAGGAAAAUCUGCCAAAAUUAUGAUUCCAGAAUGAGUUUAGAUGCAAAAACAAGGAGACAAGAGUUGGGUCAAAAUCCAACUUGUGUACAAUACAUUGUAUCAUUCAAAAUAACUGUAUCUGCUUAGUUAUCUUUAGGUGAUUAUAUAUGGAAGUGCCCACAUUGUUAUUAUUCAUCUACACUCCUUAUCUACUUUAUCAGAGUCCCCUGUCUAUUGGUGGGACAAAGUCAAUGCCCAAGUCAAGAUAGGCAAGUCCUUACUCAAUUCUCAACUCUACAGUCGAGUCCCUAGUCAACUUCCAAGUCGACAGGCAGGUCUUUAGUGAGUAAUCAUGCUUCAUUAGUGUCUACUGACAAGACAGUUAAUUCUCAAGUCAAUUCCCAAUUCAACACAGGCAUGUCCUGAGUCAAUGCUCAACUCAUGAAAGGCAAGCCCUGAGUCAAUUCAAAAAUCAAGACAGACAAGUCCCGAGGUAAUUCCAAAAUCAAAACAGACAAGUCCCGAGUCAAUUCUCAGGUCAAGACAAUUAAGUCCCAAGUCAAGUCUCAAGACAUUUCCCAAUUGAAGACAGGCAUGUCCCGAGUCAAUUCUAAAAUCAAGACAAGCAUGUCCUGAGGCAAUUCCAAACUAAAGACAGACAAGUCCCGAGUCAAUUCCCAAGUUAAGACAAUCAAGUCCCAAGUCAAGUCUCAAGUCAAUUCCCAAUUCAAGACAGGCAAGUACUGAGGCAUUUCCAAAAUCAAGAUAGGCAAGUCCCGAGUCUAUUCCCAAGUCAAGACAGGUUUGUAUUGAGUCUAUUCCAACAUCAAGACAGGCCAAUUGUAUCAAUUACAAAGUCAAAACAGACACAUCUAACAUUAUAAUUAAUCUAUAAUUAAUCUUUUUGUGAAUUAUGUUGUCGUGUCUGAAGCGUCACAAUUGUGACUCAGGUUUCUAGUAGUGGAUGAUGAGUGUAGAUGUACAAAUUCAUACCAUUCACUUGUAGGGCUUAAUUAGAAUUACUCAAAAAACAACGUCCAUGUUUACUCAUAGUCUAUUUUCUGUUAUUAACUUUGUAUUUUUUUUUCUGUUCAUGCUGAAAAAAUAAAUGUAUUUUUUUUAAUUGGUGAAUUAAUGGAAUUAUGGAAUAUGUUUCUCACAUAUACGUGUUCUUGGGAGGCUCCCCAAGUAUACUGAUGGGCACUCAAGCAUAUUUUAUACAAU